GUGCUUGUACUGUAUGUAUGUACAUGCGAUUCACGAAAAGUAUGUUCACGUAAUCGCUGCCGUUCUCUCAUAAUUGCCGUGGAAAGCACUACCGGCACGCUGGACCCAAUGAGAGAGCACCCUCGCUCCCACAGUCUCGUAACCUCUUUUUGCUCAUAACCGUGCGAAGUGAUUUCGAGGCCAAAGGGCACCAGCCCCCGUGUAGCGAAAAAUGGUUGAGAAGGCACACCAAGAUUCCUCUGCCGCGGCAAGGAUACGCAACAACCAGCGACGAAGCCGCGCUCGCCACCGCGAGUUCGUCGAGGAACUCAAGGCCAGGGUCCGCGACUAUGAGCGUCAGGGCGUCCAGGCCACCCUCGAGAUGCGCGAGGCCGCUCGCAAGGUCGCGCUGGAGAACUCGAGACUCAGAAGCCUGCUCAUGUCACGCGGAAUCACCAGCGACGAAAUCAAUCACUACCUGGCAUCUUUCGACAGCCAACUCCAAGCAUCAAGGAUUCCCACCCCAUCUGUGCCAACACCGCCGCCCCAGCCUCGACGCGCAGACAGAGACAGGGUGCCCCCGCCUGUACUUGUACCAGUCUCAGAACCGCCAUGCCAAAACGUUCCCGAAAGGGUCCCCAGCUGCCCGCCCAUGACCAGUAGCAGCAUCACAUGCCCUAUAGCCUUCAUGCCGAAUCCAGCGGGUCAUCAGCAGACAACAACACCAGUACUACUACCUGUAGAUGAUGAUUCUACUAGUAGUAGCAGUGCUACCGGGUCAGAAAUGCUACUCCCCGAAGGGGAGCGGACGGAAACAUCUGUCAACAACAACAUGAACCUGGACGCACCAAUCUCGGCCCUGGAUACGCUUGCUGUCGCAGCAGGGGCCGAUUCGCUGCAGAGCUGCUGCGGGCCCAUCACUCAGUGCUCACCGGCUGCCGCCGGGGAUGGCAUAGUAUUACCACAGGCUCAGCUGUGCAGCAGACCAGCCGAGUCUGCACCGCCCGAUCCCAUCCCAAAGACGCCAACCCCGACAGCGUCGCAUCUUGAGAUGUCGUGCACUGCUGCCGCUCGUAUUGUGGCCUCCAUGUACAAGGAUGGAAGUGAGGAGCUGGCGCGCGAAGCCCUGGGGUGCUCUGGGCCUGAUGAGUGUCUGGUGAAGAAUACGGUUUUGUUUCAGCUGCUGGAUCGUUCAUAGCACGGGGUUUGUUGAAACUAUAAGAUACCAUCUAGGAAACAGGACCGGUGCUUACCUAUGGACGGGGGAUACGAACCCCAAAUUCAGCAACGCGAGACAACUUAACUUUUAGAGGAUGAUACGGGGGGGGGAGGGUAAGAUAUGGCUCAAAUAAAUAUAGCCAGUCGAGCUAGAAAUAGACGUGAAUCAAAGGAAUUAUUCCUCGG